AUGUGCUACUUUUUGAGUUUAUUGAAAGAUCUAUUUCUAAUCAAAGUGUUCAUUUCACUUGCUGUUGGUGACCUGAGUGAGCAAGUUGGACAGACGACCUUCAAGAAGUUCAUACCUGCCUACAGUUACUUGGUGGGCCAGUUGAAGACGACGCUGGUAUGCUUCGACAUUGAAAUGUCCAUCAUUGAGAAGUUCAAGGCCAGAGAUCGUCGAGAGUGCAUCAUCAAAUGCCUGUCAGUAACAAAUGGCGAAUUAAGAGGAGUGAAUUAUAUUCAAUCGACCGCAUCAUGUUCAUGUGUUCCGAAAGCAAACAUCCGUUACAAUGUUACUGCUGUUGAUCUGAUUGCUAGUAAUGUUGGUUGCAAGGGAAAAGUUUGUAAUGUAUUAGAUUGUUUCACUACAGAUUGUCCUGCCAACUUUGACUACUGGUAUAGUACCACAAGUGCUACAAGAUGCAGUACACACUUCAGAGCUGGAGUGCUGGGAGAUGCAGAUAUUGAGAAAUGUCCUGUGGCCGCCAUACCAAACUCUUUUGGAUUUUUUACAAGCGGAUUUCAAAUUUUCAAGAAGGGAGUUUCCAAGUUUGUGCAGAUGGAGGCAUCAGUCUGGCACUCAGGAGAACCAAACUCUAAUAACGACGGUAAAGGCUACUGCAUCCAAAGCAUCUUCUAUACAUUUCAUUUAAUAUCCUUGGUUGGGAUGAUCAGUAUUGCGACUAUUCUGAGUGCGUCCUCUGUGAGUUCGAUAUGA